AUGCGGCUGAAUUUAAAUAGUACCGAAGAAUCGGAUAUAAAAGAUGAGUGCCUGGACGGAAUCAAAGCAAAGACGGGAUUAGUACGAGUGAACGAUUCCAAUCGAGGUUCAUUAACCGUACGGUUGGUGUUGACGCUGGAAUGUCUGAAACUCCAGAAACAAGAAGUAGUCGACAACCAUCAUUCGUCGUCGUCAUCAUCGUCCGAGGAUACCGUCGACAACUAUCAGCCUAGUCCCAACUAUUAUUUAAGAUAUGUGACCGUGGCAAGAAAAAAUGGUAGCCUCGGAAUAAGCGUCAAAGGUGGUCAAGAGAACAGCUUGCCGAUAUUGAUAUCUAGAAUUCCCGAAGGAGGAGCCGCUUACCACACGAAAAGGUUAUUCGUAGGAGAUGCUAUAAUAAAAGUGAACGACCAGUUGAUCACAAAUGCUUGCCACGAUGCAGCUUUACACAUUUUACGAAAUUCUGGAAAUCACGUUACAUUAUUGGUCAAACACUACAAAGCUGCAGCGCCUUUUUUACUAGGAGGGAGAGGGAACGGUAGUAAAAACAACAACAAUAAUGGAGAAAGUGACACAGAAGACGGGCCAUGGAUGGAUUAUCUUAUAAUCCCUCUGAUGAUGGGUUAUGUAACCAGAUAUGUGCAGGGUACGGACAAACUGCGGCGAAAUGGUUUCGAAGUGCAUGGCAUGAACGAUCUUAAUUCUACUAUCAUACAUUGCGAUAAUGUCAAAAGUUUGUCCGAAUGGGUCAAACUUAUUUCAGAAAACAUCUCAAAUCUCUCAGAAAUACAAAUUAAGCUCUACAAUUUAAAUUUUGGUAUCAACGAGAAAAUCGAGUACAUGGGAUGGGUAAACGAGGGUGUGCUGAACAAUAACCACCCUUGGCAAAGUUACUGUGCAAGAUUCAUGAUAAUCAGAGGUCGUGACGUAUUGCUUUUCGAUACUCCUCCGAUGUCCAUUACGGAAUGGUUGGACUGUGGCGUGGUGUACAAACUGUACGAGUCCAUGUUGAGACUAGUGAAGGAUGCAGAAAACGUGGAUCAGAGGCAAAAUUGUUUUUUACUUCAGACAUCGAACGGGGUGUCCCGGUACUUUUCAAUGGAAACCAAACAGGGUCUACUGGACGUGCAGUGCGCCUGGCACAGGUCGAUAUGCACGUCCAUGAUGCACAUCAAAAGCAGAACGUUCUACGUGUUAUUUGGCAACAACCAAAAGCCAUCAAACUUAAUACUGGAUUGGGACAACGGGUUCACAUUAUACGAUAACUGGACGAAUUCGAACGUUUGGACGUACAAGUUUUCCGAGCUCCGUGGAUCCUCAGACGAUCACAUUUCCCGGCUAAAGCUUCACUUCAACGACAACGGCUGUAUCGAAACGAAGGAAUUGGUAUGUCAAGACUUGCAGAGCUUGCUGUUCUGCGUGCAUGCGUUCCUGACCGCCAAAGUGGUGUCCGUAGACCCUUCCUACUUGAACACCGAAGGGAUUCAUCAGCUGUAA